GCACGGGGUGGCCGCGGCUGCGCAGUGCGGGAGGCGGGGCGGCGGGCCUGGAGCGGAGUCCAGGUUUGUUGUUGUUGUCCCAGCCCCAGCGGGCUCCUCAGUCACUCCGCUGCCGCUCCUGCGCCGCCAUGUCCAGCCCUCAGGAGCUGCCGCAGCACAACAACAACAACAACCCGCCGGCCGAGGGGACGCAGACCGAGCCGGGCCUCAACAGUUCCUGGGUGGAGCUGCAGAUGAACGGCAACAGCAACGAUAACGGCAGUGGGAAGAACGGAGGCCUGGAGCACGUCCCUUCAUCAUCCUCCAUCCACAAUGGAGACAUGGAGAAAAUCCUCCUGGACGCCCAGCACGAGUCGGGACAGAGCAGUUCCAGGGGUAGCUCCCACUGUGACAGCCCUUCACCCCAAGAAGAUGGACAGAUAACUUUUGAUGUGGAAAUGCACACAAGUAAAGACAGUAGUUCUCAGUCUGAAGAAGAAGCAGUAGAAGGAGAGAAAGAAUUGGAAGUUUUGAAGAAAAGUACUGACUGGGUGUCAGACUGGUCAAGUAGGCCUGAAAACGUUCCUCCCAAGGAAUUUCAUUUCAGACAUCCUAAACGUUCAGUGUCUUUAAGUAUGAGAAAAAGUGGAGCAAUGAAAAAAGGUGGCAUUUUCUCUGCAGAAUUUCUCAAGGUUUUCAUUCCAUCUCUCUUCAUAUCUCAUGUUUUGGCUUUGGGACUAGGCAUCUACAUUGGGAAGCGACUGACCACACCUUCAGCCAGCACUUAUUGAAGGUGGAGUGCAGAACCUGGAAGCCCCUGUGACCUGUGAAGGUGUUACUGUCUCAUUUAGUACAUGUGACUUGAGACCAUUUUAAGCAUGACCCUGACUUCACCCUUUCCUUACGUAUCCAGGUUGUUGCUAACUCUGGAACUCAGUAUUGUGUUGGAACUCUGUUGAGGUGUUUCGCUAUCCACAUUCUUUCCCUCUCCUCCCAUUCCCCUGCCUCUUGGCCUGCAAGACACGUCAGAGUUGCUGAACGGAGUUUACAACUGUCCAUAUGUUGCAAGGGCUUCUCUCAAUGCAAAAUGCCACCAGCAAGUUUUCAUUUUAUCGGUGAUGCUGUUGCCUCUUCAGUGCAACCUGACUUAAAUUGCAGUUGUGCAUGGUGUAAAUGUUGACUGCAUUACAGUGAUAAAUUUCCUUGGAAGAAAAUUACUGAUUGGAGUGAAACUGAGUUUUCCUUUUGAAAAACAAGCUGGUUGUGAAAUAAAGCAAGAAAUCACUGGCAAUAAAGAAAUCUAAAUCAGCUUUUUGGGGGAGUUUACUUGGCCCCUUGUAUUGGCUAACACCGGUUCAUUUGCAGGAGGCAGAGAGAACAUACAUUUGAAAGCAGGAUAACUCAAUCUGUCAGCAUAUUUUAAGUAAUUGUUGUAAUCUUGUCUUUUCUAUGAAGUCUGCUCCCUAUUCCUUGUAGGAAAACCUGUCUGAUGCCUAGAAAAUAUUAGAGAAAUUGCAUUGUUUGCAUGUGAAGAAGCUUUUCUUUUCCUUACCUGUUUUCUUAAGGGGAAAUUUUAAAUGUGACAUUUUCCUCCUCAAGUAUUUUUAACUUAAGGAAAAACCCAAGAGCUGUAAGUAUAGUUAGACUCUGUACAAAAGAAUGACUCUGUUGUGGAACCAUUCAGUCACACUGAUAGGGCAGUUUCAGAAAGCAGAGCUUUUGACUUCAAGGGGGACAGCCUGGCAGGCACGUCAGGAUCGCUGAGCUGCGGAGUUCUGCGAUGCCUUCUGCAGGAGCCUUCAACAUUCCCCUCGCCGUGUACUGUACAGUCUCCUCUGGGGAUACGUGGAAUCUGGAAGUCACUUGUGAUGUCUCACGUUAGGUAGACUGAUCACUAAUGUUGUUGAACUCUUAUCUUAGGGAACAUUAACGUUGUCCUCCUUCAGUGACACUUCUUCUCAAAAUGUGAAGCUUUAGUACCAAAUUGUUACAAAGCAUUGGGACAGUCCUGUCCUUAAAUAGGUUUUAUUGGAUUUCAGAACAUGUAGCAUGACUCUGAAGGGUAGAAUACUCUUUUUUUUUAAUAUAUAUAUAUAUAUAUAUGAAUAUAUUAAAAAAAGAUAUAGACUUUAAUACUAAGUAUCUAGGGAACCAGUGCUAAUUUUAAGACUAGCAAAAAGCUCAUUUAAAUAAAAUCUUUAGCAGGCUGACAUGUGGAAAACAAGAUCUAGUCUGCUGGAGUGGAGAGAACAGCUACCUGUAAUUGUUUGCUUGCAUCAGACUACAAAGUUGAUUAUUUGAUACAGCAGUGAAUGCCUGAAACAGUUGAUGCAUAGAAGCUAAAUUCCAAGUGAGAUUUGGUUGAAAAGAAUUUAGUUAGCUCCCAUGAAGUAAGAAAGAGAAGUAUCACCCCCUGCUAAGCUGUAUUUGUAUUCUCUACUUCUGACUGUUGACUGAGAAUGCUUUCAGGGUGCAAGGGCAGUCUUGACAAGGAAAUUCUUUUGACAUCUGCUUUUUUCUCUUCUGGUGGCCCUUGAGCUGCCUGCCACUGCCUGGUUGUUCCAAGCAUUGAUACUGGGUUUCACCCAAAGGUGGGACAAGGAGUGGGGGGCAUGGUGAAAGGUGUUUUAGGUAGGACCAAGUACAUCCUUUGACAGCCCUAAAAACCAGGGAGGUGGGAGAAAGGCUGAAACGCUUUCAGUUCUAAUUGCAGCACCUUGUUUUGUAUGGAAAUUGCAAUAGUGGGAAAUAGAUUUUUACUGAGUAGGGAGUACUGAAAAAGGCUCCUUUCUAAAUUAAAAUCUGAUCCAAGAGUAUUGCAAGCUCGUGGCUAGAGUGUCAACACAGCUUGGAGUGUCUGAGGGAACCAUGGUGUGGCUGAAAGUGGCAAGACCUCUGGAGGAGGAGUGGAGGUGAUCACUGUAACAUUUGCUGUGAUACAAUGCAGUAUUUACUGAUGCUCUGCUAUAAGCUUUGGAUGAGAGGCUGCAAAUCCUACUUCUACAAUGAGCAGAAACAGGUGGUUGUAUCGCUUGAAAAGGGGUUUCAACUAUUGAUAGUUGAAGUUUUGUUAAGAUAAAUGUUGUUUAAAAAGCUUUAUACCUGUUUACAGUUUUGGAAAACAAAUCAAUAAAAAAAUGCAGGCUUAAUUUUUCUUACCUUCAGUGAAAACUGGCCUAGAAUAUUUGUAAAUAGGAUCAAAGAAAAAAGAAACAAUGCAUAAACUCGCACAUUAAAGAUGCAGCAGGCUGAGCUCACUGCAGCACACACUGACUUCCUGUUCUAAAGUGGAAGCUGAAGAUUGUUAGAAACUCAAACUUUUUUAAUUGACAUUUGUUGAGAUAUUGGAGUUAACUGAGCCCAAGUGAGUCUGCAUUCUUCAUCCAUUAGUUAGCACUUUGUAACAUACACAGUUUACAGCUCAUGUAUAAGUUGUAGCUUACCAGCAUUUUGUGCCAUUAAAGCUCUCCCAAAACUGUCUGUCUGGAAUCACU